UCGGUCAAACGUUGACCCUAUUCAACAUUUCUAUUUAUCGUUUAGCGAUAUUUAUUCUAAAAGUGUUCUAAAAAAAUACUUAUAUAUUUAGUGAUAUGCCUGUAGUGAUUUGUAUUUGAAAAAGUGUAUAUUUACUUUUUUGCAAUUUGUUUGAUGAAUACGUCACAGCGCCAUGUUGUAUUCCUGCGCUGAUUGCAGGCACGAGAAAUCUGCCAACCCGUUUAUUUUUCGGGAUUAGUUCCCGAGAAUAAAUCGAACUGCGAUUUUGUACUCAAAUAUAUUUUAAUUUAUAUUUGUUGGCAAAUGUCAAACAACUUUAGUGAAAUCGAUGCAUCCCUGUUGUCGCAUUUCGAGUGUUAACUCUUAAUUUCAACUGCAGUUUUGUGCAUCCGCGAAAGUUGAAAGGACUGUGUUGUAAAAGAAAGAACUAAUAAUUAGCCAAAAUUCCGGUCCCUACGCGCAGACGAGAAGGUGCCUACCCACCGGGGCAGUCGGGCGACGGAGAUAUGAACAAUAAACGCAAAAAUCGCCAAGGACCGCCGAGGUCGCCAAGAAGCCGUGUGGUGGCAGAGGGUGUAUACAAUAACGCACAUUUCAUGCAUGCAGCAACCACGCACGUGGGCGACAGUGUGCAAGUGUUGACGAAAUCUGGUGGCCUCUGGGAAGGCAUAUUCAAAACUUUCAGUGCCCAAUUUGAAGUGGUGUUAGAAAUGGCUCACCGAGUGGACCAAGACGGAGUGGUGCCAGUUGAUUCCGUUGUAGACAAACUGAUUUUCAAGCCACAAGACGUAGUCUCCAUCCGGGCGAAGGAUUCGGACCUGGAGUACGCCACACAUGAUGUGUUCCAAACAGAUAGUGCUAUAUCUAGCAAAUUUAAUGGUAACGGUCGCUCCGCCGAGGAACGGCAGCUGGAACCUUGGGACGGCUGUGACGGCGACAGUGGCGACUCCCCCUCCCUGAACGGCGACGCUCGCCUCGAAGACUUGGAGCUGGACCACCGCGCCAACGGCUGGGACGCCAACGAUAUGUUCAGGAAGAACGAGGAGGUGUACGGUGUACAUAGUACGUACGAUCAUUCCCUGGCAGGGUACACACUGCCCUUACAAAAGAAGGAUACCCAAGAUUACAGAGAUGCUGAAGCAAAGGCGGAGGAAAUCGCAGCAGAAAUCGAAAGUACUCCAUCAUAUAAAAAUCGAAUCGAGGCGGAGAAUGGUGAUGAAGAAGCAGCUUUCGCGGCAGUAUUGCGAUCGUCAGAGGGCUCCGCCGGCAAAUAUGUUAUACCCAAUAAGAGAAAGAAUAAUAAUCUGCAGAGCGGCAAACUAGUGAAGCCGGUGAGCAACAACGGUGGUUCGUCGCCGAACACGAGCAAGCCGUACUCGGCGGCGGCGGCGCCCCCCGCGGCGGCCGGCCCCGCGCCCCCCUCCCCCGCCGCCUCCCCGGCCGGCCCCGGCCCCGCCCCCUCCCCCGGCCCCGCCCCCGCCGGCCCCGGCCCCGCCCCCGCCGGCCCGCCGGGACCGCCGGGCCCCAAGGACAAGGAGCACAGGCCGCCGCGCCCGCACCUCACGCCGCCCGCGGACCGCCGCCAGGACGACGCGCCGGCGGGUGGCAAGAGCUACGCGGCGCAGGCGGGCGGGUACCACGCGCCGUUCCCGCACGCGCACCCCGCGCACCCCGCGCACCCCGCGCACCUCGCGCACCCCGCGCACGCACACGCCCACGCGCAUGCGCAUCCCGCGCACGCAGCGCAUCUCGCGCACAGUGGCGGCUCUCCGGCUGGCGGCGCUGGUCCAGGAGCGGGGAAGGUCAACGGUACACACCCUCGGCAGAGCUUCCCACCGCAUCACCAUCACAGCGGCGCGGGCGGGCCGCGAGACCCGCGCCGACCCGACGACGUGCAGGAACUUCGCCGGUUUGGUCAGGACUUCAAACUAGUGUCCUCAGCUGUGCCACCACAGCAGCCGCCAGUGAAUCCGCAACCCGUGCAGCCGCCGCCGGCGAGCAGUCCGCCGGAGGUGUCGGCCAACGCGAGCCUCGGGGCCGAGCCUCACAAGCGGGAGCUGCGCCCUCCCAAGCAGCACACGCCCCCCGCACACCACAAGGUACGACCUCCUCCGGUGCCGAGUACGCCGACAGCGCCGGAGAACGCCGGCUCGGAGCGGUCCGGGUCGGGGUCGGGGUCUGCGUCGGGCUCCGGCUCGGGCUCGGGCUCGGGCUCCGGCUCGGGCUCGCCGCAGUCGGCGUCCCCGCCGGCGGCGCCGUCGCCCGGCGUGGCCGCCACCCUCAAGAAGUCCACGCUCAACCCCAACGCGAAGGAGUUCAACCCCGCCGCCAAACCGUUCACGCCCAGGAGUCCCAGCACGCCCAACCCCAGCCGGCCCCACACGCCGGCGACGCCGGUGGGCGGCAUGGGCGGCGUGGGCGUGGGAGUGGGCGUGGGCGGCGUGGGCGUGGGCAUGGGGCUGGGCGGCGUGGGCGUCAUGGGCACCGGCGUCAGCUACGUGCCCGCGCCGCACCCCGCGCCCCCGCACAUGGUGACUGCGAUGCCUGCGUACGCGAUGAUGCAACAACAGCCCGCUUAUAUACCGCACCCGCAUCCCAUGGAGAUGGGAUGCGAGUGCCGUCAGUUCGCGCCGCCUCUAUUCCUCGUGGCGGACAAACGCGACCGCGCAGACGCGUUGGCGUAUGGUGCGGCGAUGGGCGGCGGCGGCGGAGUGGCUGGAGGUGCUGGCCAGCAUGGACCACUCCAGGCGCAGCAACAGAGGAACUUCAGAAAGAUGGGCGUGGGAUCGGGCGUGCAGGUGGCGGCGGCGACUGGACAGCCACUGCUGGCGCCCGCGCCCAUGCAACAGCUGGUGCCGUACCCGCACCCGCACCACCAGCACCCGGCGCCGCACGCCGCGCCCUCCGCGCUCCAGUACCAGCACAUGGUGAGUGUCUACUCGCUACACGCAGUCCCUUUGGCACUCCAGUAUCAGCAUAUGGUGCGCAUGUACGGCGGCGUAGGCGGCGUGGGCGGCGUGGGCGGCGUGGGCGGCGCGGGCGUGGGCGGCGCGGGCGGCGAGGUGGGGCUGGCGGGCGUGGGCUACGCGCCGCCCCCCGCCCCCUCGCCCGCCGCCGCCUCCCCCGCCCUCUACCCGCCCCCCUCGCCCGCGCACACGCCGCACCCGCACCACCACUACCAGCAGCCGCCCUACCAGGUGCUGUGUCCGCUGGUGCCUGCGAACAGUGCCCACGCGCACCACCUGCACCACAUGGCCUACCACAACCACGCGCCGCCCACCGCCAGCCCGCCGCACCACCCGCACCAGCACCCGCACCCGCACCCCAUACAGCAGGUGUUACUGCCGCCGCAGCACCAGUCGUCGGGCGGGUCGACGACCCCGGGCGUGUCGCACCACAGCGGCUCGCACCCGUAACGUGCGCGCGCGCCCACCGCCACCACC